GUUCCCAUGAUGCGUGUGGUAGUAUGGCGACGGUCAAAGUUGAAAGACUGCCUGGUCAAGCUGCUGAAAUUGAUGGGCUUGCUGCUGGUCUUGAUGGUGCUGGUGCUACCCAUCAGAAACACCAUUCUUCAGUUUGUCUUGCCUGGGAUGUGGCUUGAGCAUAGCUCUUUGUUUUUGUUUAAGGUAACUCUACCAGUCUUAACAAAACAACUAGGGGAUUUAACCCAUUGUUUCUAGUCAAUAGUCUUCACAAAUAGGGGAUUUAACCCAUUGUUUCUAGUCAAUAGUCUUUACAAAUAGGGGAUUUAACCCAUUGUUUCUAGUCAAUAGUCUUUAAAAAUAGGGGAUUUAACCCAUUGUUUCUAGUCAAUAGUCUUUACAAAUAGGGAAUUUAACCCAUUGUUUCUAGUCAAUAGUCUUUACAAAUAGGGAAUUUAACCCAUUGUUUCUAGUCAAUAGUCUUUACAAAUAGGGAAUUUAACCCAUUGUUUCUAGUCAAUAGUCUUUACAAAUAGGGAAUUUAACCCAUUGUUUCUAGCCAAAGUCUUUACAAAGAGGGAUUUAACCCAUUGUUUCUAGUCAAUAGUCUUUACAAAUAGGAAAAGGAAUUUUUUUUUUAUUUAUAGUUUUUACGAAUUACAAUGCUUGUUAAGUUGUUUUCUAUGAUAUAAUUUAUACAUUUUUAAAUAUAAUAAUAUUAUUUUGAAAUCUCUUUACAUGAACAUUUAGCUGUUUUCUCCACUGCAGUUCUGCUAACAGUGAAUCAAUAUUUAAUAACUUUUUUUCUCCAGGUGAUGCUGGACAGCCAGAGCUUCCCUGUGGCUGACAUCCCCAUUGGGAAAAAUCCCAUCAAACUGGUCCCCAAUUUUGAUGACAUCAAAGUCAAGUUUACCAACCGUGGUAAAACUUACCCGGCCUACUAUGAACAGAUGGGAUUGUUGCAGCGGAGCACUCCCUCUGACUUGCGGGCUCACGACCGCCUCAACGAGCUGCUCAAGUUCAAGCCGAUGAUGUCAGAAUAUGAACGGGCAGUGGCCAUGUUCACUGUUGAUGUGUUCAUCCGGGCCUGCGAAACCGCCAACCUGACUUACUUCUUGAUAUCUGGGUCGUUGCUGGGCUCCAGGCGCCACCAUGGUAUGAUCCCGUGGGAUGAUGACAUAGACAUCAUUGUGAAUGGCUCGGAGUGGCGGAAGGUUCGUGAUGUUUUGGCAAAUAUUCAGGGUUUUGAACUUUUCUCACCCGGCAAGGUCCAGUGGAAGUUUUUUAUGAGUGCUCUCCCUCAGGGUAAUAGACCUUUUAAGUGGCCGAAUAUAGAUUUGUUUUUCUUUAACGAGGAUGAGACGCAUAUAUGGGCCCUGACCUGGGGGGCCAAAUCCUCCUUGUGUAGUAAAAAAUCUGAUGUCUUCCCGCUAAAGAGGAGAAAAUUUGAAUUGUGGAACAUGCCUGUGCCCAGAGCGUCAAGGUCGUUGGUGGCCGCCGAGUUUGGCGAUUACCGCUCCAACUGUGUAACGGCAAGCUAUGUGCACAAAACAAACGUCGCCUACUCAUCUUCAAGCCUGGUGGAAGUCAGCUGCCGAAAUCUUCACGAAGUGUUUCCUUUCGUCUUUCAGGAGACAGGGGAUCAGGGUAUAGUCAUUGAGGUGCUCAGACUUGCCGGCAAGCCAUUGGAUAAUAUAAGCUUGUCUGAGGACUUCUAAUUGUUACUGUUGUUUGCUGUGCUUAUAACUCGGCCGCUGCUGCUGCUUGUAUCAAGGUAUGGGACAUAAAAACUGACUAUUAUAUUAUUCUCUAUAAAAAUAAAGCCUAAAUAGGACUCUUCAGGAGUGCUCUUAUUUAGUGCUUUUCAAAUGUUUCUCACUUAAAAGUUUUGAUAAGACAUAUAAGUGGUUCUCAUAUUAACUAGAGGUGGGCUUACUUCCCAGAUAUAUCCCUUGCUAUAAUAAUUUUAUUUUAAAAUGUGUGUUUGAACUUUGUUUGACUGUGUUCCAGUGUUGUUGUUUUUUUAAUGCAACUUGUGUUAAAUGAAAUUGUUUCUUACACUGCUUUGUACAUUACUUACAGAAAUGUGACAUUAACUUGCAUAGCUGGCACUUGCAUGUUGUGGCACUUACUUGAAAAAAUGUGACAUUCACUUGCAGAAAUGUAGCAUUUAUUUGUAAUCAUGUGAGAUCUACUUAUAUUACUCUCAAAAUGAGGUUAUUUUGUUAAUUAUAUUUCCUUAUUUCACUUAAUGCAAAUAAUCUUAAGGCCUCACACCCCAUUCCAGCCUCACCAAAUUUAUUAGCCCUGAUCAUUAAAUGAACUCAUUGAACUCUUCAGUUAUGCCGGAGGACAAUUACUUAAUUAGCCAUGAAAUUUGAUCAUUUUCCCUGGACUUAAAGAACCUUCAAAACAUGUCUUAUGGAAAGGAAAAUUGUCUUCACUGCUUUGCUCCACCGAUUGGUUUGUUUACUCUGUUAGAACCUUUUGUUUCCUGAUCUUGACAUUUUCACUUAACUCUUCAUUCAAUAUCAAAAGGGUAGCUAUUGUUAUGUAACAGAAUCUUUAAAAAUCAUGUACAUUAGGAACUGAUUGCAGCAAGCUGUCGAGCCUGAGCUCUUAAUCCCCUUCCCAAAGCACCCC